CUACUCUGCGACAAUCAUUCACUGAGAACCUUCCUUCCUGAGAUUUCUCGGAUUUGAUCCAUCUAAUGCGUCUUCUGCAGAGCAACGACGGCGGCGAGUUUAGCCUCACCAAAGACCUCUAUGACAAUAUUCCCCGCUAUACUAUACUUUCGCAUACAUGGGGUGCGGAUACUGAAGAGGUCAGUUUCAGAGACUUAAUAAAUGGUACCGGCAAGGAUAAAGCAGGCUAUAACAAGAUCCGGUUCUGUGGAGAAUAGGCUAGGCGGGAAGGCAUAUACAACUUUUGGGUGGAUACUUAUUAUAUUAACAAAUCGAAUUAUUCUGAGCUUGCAGAGGCCAUUACCUCUAUAUUCUAUUAGUACCAAAAUGCGGCUAUAUACUAUAUCUAUCUAUUAGAUAUUUCAAUAACC